AUGUCCAGCACUUCCUUCCCUGGCUCCAAGACGUGCGCCGCCUCUUUCCCUGUUGUCUUGGUGCUAGAGCUUCUACGGCGGUACAAAGUGCUGAACAGACAAAUAGUCUUGGCGGUUCGGCGAGAUAUUGGAACGGCAGGACUUGCAGAUGAAUACCUCAUAGAGAUAGUUAUUGGUGAACAUCAGCUGUCUCGGGGGCCACGAGACACGAACGUCAACGACCUCCGCGCAGCGUACGCUGUUCUCCACCGUGCGGCAGAGGCGCUACAGCAGCAGUAUGGGCCCGCCGUGGUGUUAAUGAUGGCCAGUGCAUUCUUCGGCGUCAUCUGCAGUUCUUACGAAAUAAUUGUGUUGGUGGUGAUGGAAGACGUCGAGAGGAAGUCCGGUGUCCUGAGUCAUUCCCUGCUCGUCUCCUCGGUGUGGCUGGCCUUCCACGGAGUGAAGCUGGUGGCGGUGUCCAUGUGCUGCGCCGCCGCGUGCGACGAGGAACGCCGGACGGGAGUCCUGCUGCACAGGGCGGCAACGGCGUCCGCUCUGUGUGGGACGCCGCUGCCAGAGGCAGAGGCCUUCCUGCGUGAAGUGCGGAGGGGACCGCCUCUGAGCUUCACCGCCGGCGGCUUCUUCCACAUCCGCAGGAGUUUGGUCAUCUCCACCUUGGCAACCGUCAUCACCCACAUAGUCAUUCUGACUCAGUUUGGCAUCAAAUACUGA